CUUUCAAAACUGGCUGCAAAUCGUGCCGAUCCUCCAUUCCCCCGUCCUCGUCCCCUGUGGGGUCCGUUAUGCGAGGCGAUCAUGAGUGCCAGCUGUAGUUCACCGGUACUGGGUCCAUGUCUGACGGAAUCGAUACACAUGGAUCAACACGCACUGGGUUUCCUUUAUCCACAUCUACAUUCAGCCAUCUGCCGACAUCCCAGAUGGUUGUUACGUACAAUUCAAUCUCCCACGUUGUGGACAUUUGUUCACACUGUUGGUGGAACUCAGUUGGUGGAGGAGUAUCUUCUUCCCUUAGUGCUCCUGUUAUACCGUUCAGAUUAUGUGGAACGUGCAAUGGCCACUAGCACAAACAGUCAGCAUCCACUAAGCGAGUUGUGCUCCCGGCGUUUUCUCCGCCUCGUCAUGGCCCAUGUUCGUCUAGACACAUUCCUGGCCCUGUUCACACCUUGUGUUAUCCACGUUCUUCUUAGUUCGUCCACCCACUGCCCACGUGCUGGUUCAUGCAAACCGCGUGUCGAAAAUUUUGUCCGAGACAAAGAGGAAACGCGCGGUGAAAAACAAACGUUCCAAUCGGUAAUCGGGUCAACCAAGCCGGAUCUGGAAACCGAUUUACCCGAGGUACGACCGCUCCGAUCCAGUUUUGUCGACGAAAUUGGUCUGGAUUUGCGCAGUGUUGACACGGAAGACGAACUGUUGGAUCUAUUCAUGGAUGCCAAAAAGUGUAUCACGGAGGCUCAGUGUCCAUCGAUACGAAGCAAUACAGCGUCUGUUCGAAGCCACGAUUCUGUUACUGUCCAGUUCUCUUUAGAGUUAGAAGCAGAGAAUAAUAUAUCAACAGGUCGUUCCACACAGCCCACGCAGAUCCACUCGCUAAACGGAGAACACAAUUCGACAACCGACGAUCUAACUGAUUCAAAACCUGCUGUCACUAGUCAUCCCCAGCCGUCGAAUGACACGGACUCGAAUCAAGACGCGCCAACAUCUCACAACACAAUUCCCCCUGUUGCUGCAUGCACUGACAGUCUGAUCUGGAUAGCCAAACGCGUUGGGCCAUUGAUUACUGCAAAAACACUGAUUCGUUAUCUACUGGCCGGUUUGACGGGUAACACCCAACUGACAGUGUUAACCUCUUCAAAUUCGGGCGGCCCUGGUAUAAGGAGCUACUUGCCUAUACCAAUCCAGACAACCAAUCGUCCUCUGGCUGGAGACAGAUCUGCCGCUGCAUGUCUGCGAUGUUUGGAACAACUAGUCUGUGUCUACGGAGUAUCGCUUGUGCAACAUGUCUACAUGCCGUUCGUGGAUAAGGCAGUUAGCCAAGUUAUGACAUCCGUCGUUUGUCCUCCGGACGAUUCGGAUCCCUGCGGGUCGUCCUCCAUGAAUGGAAUGAACAUCACCAACUCGUGGAACUCGCGCACCUUAGCUCGCGUUGUCGCCGGUUUGACAUUACUACAACAGUUUAUUGCUUAUCUACCCGACUCCAAACUUUCUGAUCAACUUCAGGACUCCUCACUUCAAGAUUUGCUGAUUAAGGCUGUUCGCUUGGCUGGACGUCAUGAUGUCAGUUUUCCUGCCGGUGCCACCGGACGUCGUGCAGUGUUAUACAAAAUUAUUGACUGCAUCUACGUGAUCGGAUUGCGUAUCGGCUUUGAAUUGACCCGGGUUCGAUUGACCUCGCUUAUCCAAUUAUUCUUCGCCAUGUUUGAUCGUGUGCCAUUGGUUGAAACGCAUCAGGAAUUAGGCAAGUGGUCGUCUUUCAUGCUAGAUAGAUGA